CAGGAGCACAGGCAUCUCCCUCUCAGGGAACGACCAACUCCUUUUGUUCUUUUUUGUCUUUUAAGGGAUGAUGUGGGAUCUGCCUGAACCCUGGAAAUGGUGCUCAUGCCCCAGGAGCAUUGGCUAGGCACAGCCCUGCUACCUCUACACACAUGAAACCUUCGCCCCUCUCAAAAAAAAAGUUUGCACUGUGGAACUACCCUAUGUUUUACCGUAAAAUAUGGCAAAAGACCAAGAAGACUCCUAGCAGGAGAUGGCCCAUGGAGGAAGGCAUGCCCAGCUCUCUGGACAGGAGCUUGGUCAGCUCUUCAGUGCUGCUGGCGCGUGGCCAUGCAAACACCCUCCUCUUACACUGCCACUGGUCAUCCUACCUGCUGGGAGAACAAGACCCAGCGCCUCCUACCUAUCCCAAUCCCAAUCCCAGUAAAACCAGCAGGAAGCGAGCUGUUCAUCCCUGCUGCGCUGCGAUCAGGCUAACACUCCCUGUGUCUUCUGCAAGGACUCUGGUUCUUGGGUCUUCUCCAAAACAAACAAACACAAAACCCAAACAGGAGAGCUCUGCCUUGAGGCACAUUGCUGCUGGGGAGGGUGCUCAAGAGCUGCACAGGACCAGCAGUUCACCUGGGGUUCAAACACCUCUUCCUCCUACCAGAAGAGGCUGGGCACAGCCUGGUUGAACUUGGGGGAAGUGUAAAAUGCACCAGCCUUGUCACGGGAAAGCACCCUGGACUUCCUCUGGGGACUGGACAGCUCUGAGCUGGCUUUGCUCCUUUUUGUGCUGCCUGCAGCAGCAAACCUUGUGCUAAAAGGCUAUUUUACCUCUCCUUUGUGGAAGGGGAUUGAAGUAGAACUGGGAUGAGAAGGGUGAACCUGUCUGAUGUUUGUUCCCUGGCCAGCAGCCCUGCAUCUGCUUGGUCAUGUUAUAGCUGAGGGGGGGACGUCUGUGGGGAGUUUCUACCUAUGCCCAAAGAAAAAGGAAAGUGCUCUGGUGAAUUUCUGUUAGAGGAAGAAUGAUUAAUGCAGAACUUAACCACAAAGCCUAAGUACUCUUGAUGCCCUCUGAGCAAUUAUAAUGUCCCUCACGCUUUCUAGUGGUGCAAGGUGACUGCAGUCCUCCUGCAGCACCUUUCUGGGUAGCCAAGUGGUCUACUUGUAGCUGCCCACUGGAUUACUUUGCCACUGGCUGCAAUUUCAUGGGGGAAUCCAUGCCUUUAUUAACAGAGACUAAGUCAGGGCAGAGUCCACCACUUGGAAGAGUCAGGGCACAAGGCUCCACACUCCACUGAAUCCCAUGCAUGGGCUUUAAGUGGCAGUGGGCUACGGCACAGUAACUUGUGCAGCACUCUCUCUGCGGAGGGGUCCACCUGUGGUAGCUGGAAAGGAGAGCUGCCUGCACAGCAGGGAAUGGAUAAAGCUCUUGAAUUCAGGAUAACGGGAGGCCUCUUCUCAGUCUGCCACACCCUGGCCAUCCUCUCUCUGCUCUCCCCCCACACGGACCCCCACCCCAGCCUUGGCCAAUGACCCCUCAGCGUGGGAUGGGGAGGAGCGGCCAGCAGCAGAUAAAAGCCUCCAGGGGUCUGCGGUGCAGCUACAGGGUCUGUGUCCUCUUGCAGCUCUGAGCAAAACCGCCUCGCCACCAUGGUGCACUGGACAGCUGAGGAGAAGCAGCUCAUUGCCAGCAUCUGGAGCAAGGUCAACGUGGACGAAUGUGGUGCCGAGGCCCUGGCCAGGCUGCUCAUCGUCUACCCCUGGACCCAGAGGUUCUUCGCCUCCUUUGGGAACCUCUCCAGCCCCACUGCCAUCGUUGGCAACCCCAAGGUCCGUGCCCAUGGCAAGAAAGUGCUCACCUCCUUUGGGGAAGCCGUGAAGAACCUGGACAACAUUAAGGCAACCUACUCCAAGCUGUCCGAGCUGCACUGCGAGAAGCUGCAUGUGGACCCCGAGAACUUCAGGCUCCUCGGAGACAUCCUCAUCAUCGUCCUGGCUUCCCACUUCGCCAGGGAUUUCACCCCCGCUUGCCAGUCUGCCUGGCAAAAACUGGUCAGCGUUGUGGCUCAUGCUCUGGCCCGCAAGUACCACUAAGCCUCCAGGGACCAGACGGGCGAGGAAGAGUCCCUGCUCUACCGCAAGUACCUCCAGGCAUGGGAAAAUGCCCCUUGGGCACUGACAGGCUGCAACUGUUGAAUAAAUAUCUCCCGAGGCCAUA